GCACCCUGCCACUGCCAGGCAUCAAUUUCCAGUUGACGAAGAUGAAGACGGAGGAUCAGCUCGCCCUCUCCGGUCCUUAACAGGUUUUCUUUCAUCCAUUAAUCCUUUCAUUUCGUUAUGCUCUUAUUUUCUGAAUUUAUUUUUUUUCACCUAUUAUUGUUGUAAUUGUUAUUACCUGACCCUCACUACCUGCGAUUUUCGGAAUUUGGGUUUCUUAAAUUUCAUUUGCUAACAAACCUUGCUAAAGAGUGCACGGUUGUUUAUAGUUGGGGUUUCGUCCUUCUGGCUCUCAAGAAAUAUUGAGGGAAGAAAUUGCGAUGCAGUGAUUCAACAGUGUUGAUGAGUGACCGUUGUUUGUUUAUUAAAGUGCUACUCUUACUAGCUAACCAUAUAUUUGGUCAGUCCUCUAAAAGGAUUCUAGAUUUGUGUUCUCAGUUUUGAGUCAUUGGCUCACUGUGUAAAAACGGUGAUGCAAUCUUUUGAUUAUUUUUCAUUUAGUUCUUGGUGGUGGGUAGAGGAGAAAUGAUGGAACCCAUUUAAAAUGUUGUUAUGACUUGAAAAUUGUGGUGCAAAGUUAGGGCGCGUGAUGCUUACACUUGAUCUCUGAACUUCUGGUGAGCUCACCUGUUGAGAAGUAUAUCUGCUGAUGCGCUUUCAUUGCACUGCAUAUUACAAAUUACAAUAGAAUAUUUUCUUUCGUCUUUCUAAUGUAUUGUUUUCUUUUUUUAAAAGAAAAUAAUUCUUUGAUCUGCUUUCUGCUGUUAGUGUGCCUUGUUGCACAAAUUCUAUAGCAAUGGCAAUAAGGGUGUGCUUAGUUAGGUGAAAAUGUGGCGGGAUAGGAGUAGGGAAUGGAAAAGUGGAAAGAAAAUAAAUUUUGAGGGUGCUUAAUUGAGAAGAAAAGUGAAAGGAAAAAAAAUAGGAGAGAUGAUCAUUUUCCAUCCAUUUUUAAAUGUUCUAUUUUCUUUACUUCCAUUUUUCAAUUCUACCAAGCAAUAGACAAAAAGAAAAAAUAAUUUUCUUUUCGUUUUUCCAUCUCUUUUACUAUGCACACCUAUGGAAAGAAAUUUAUAUUUUCCAUCCUUCUAGGUUUCUACCCUUUCAAAUUUCCAUCUUUCUAAUUUUCUUUCCACUCUACCAAGCAAAGCCUAAGAGAUGACCCAUAUCCAUGUAAAGGAAGCCUUUUCAUUUGUGUUUAUCUUGAUGAGUUCAAAUAUCUAAUUAAUUCGUCAAAUACUUCUACAAAAAGUAGCUAGAUUACACACCUUUUUUGAGAAGUAGGUUACUCACAUUUUGCUAGUGCAUGUUUACUUUUCUUCUCUAGUAGUAUGUUGUACUCUUUUGACAAUUAAUGCUUAGUCCACAGACUGAAUAAUGAGUUGUCAAUGAAGAUAUAAAAUGAUAAUCGUUCAACUUGGGUUAUGUAAAGUGCACGAAUCCCAUUGCUACCACUUCAGGAAAAACAUCAGUUUCUAAAAUAAAUAAUGUGCAUUCUGGAAAUGCCCAUUUCUAGGGUGCACUUCGGUUUCUUUUAGAGGGAUCCAUGUUUCUUUUUUGUCAAUUUGAAUGCAUCCUCCAUAUGCUAUUUUUUAUGGUGUUGAUUCUUUCCUAUCUUUAGGCGAACAUAAUGCCUUCAAUUGCUUUCACGGCUAACAUCUUAUUGCAAUGCACGGAAGAAUAAUGGGUAAAUUUAAGAAUAUUAAUGUGAAUAAGAGGAACGUGUUGAAGUAAACACAGCCUAAGGAUGAUGUCCUCAUUGAUGCUCUCUUGCACCAACAGAGUUUGGGAAACAGGAUUGAUAGAGUCUUCACUACAAUGGCAUAUGAAAAUAUGGCGAAUGAAUUGCAUGAAAAGAUUGGGAUCCCCAUUGAGAAAGGCCUCCUGAAAAAUCGUAUAAAGACUCUGAAGCAUAACUUUUAUGAGUGUUACGACCUUUUCAAUUGCAGAAGUGGUUUUGCUUGGAGUCCAGGCACUAAAAUGUGGACUGCUAAGCCUGAACUAUGGAAAGCACUUGCGAAGAUAAGAGAGAAGAGGAAAAGAGCUAAAAGGGGUCAAUUGGGCUGCUCAAUAGGUGGCCGAGUAUUUGAUGGUAUCCCUUUGCAAGAAGUAGUUGGUGCAAGUAUGGAGAAAAAAGACACGAAUGAUACCAGUCAGCAACAUCAUUGAAAGGGAAAAAACGAAAGGCGACAAGAGUUGGAAGUAUUUGAAAGGGAGUUUAAAAAGCAUAAGGGAAGCAAUUAAAGAUGUUGCAGAAGCAAUCAGGGAGGGGAAUGUUAUAGCCGAGAGAGGACAACCACGUGUUUACUCGGAGCAGGAACUAUUUGCAGAAUUAGUGAACAUAGGGCAUAUAUUUUCCUUAUUGCAAACGCUGGGACCCUUGUUUGGUUGCACAGCUGAGGGGCGAUGGCAUAUUAAAAUUUAUUGGCUAGUUAGGAUUCUUUUUUCUUUCAUUAGCCUUGAAUGGGUUGGCAAGCAGGGAUAUUGUACAUAAGAUAUGAUGCUUCAUAAUUUAUGGUGUGUUAUAGUAGAGCUAUUGGCAUUCUUUUUUUUGGGUACAUUAGUUGAGUACUACUACUUUCCGGCACUCUAUAUGUAGUUUUAGUUUUAAUUAUGAAAGGUCUAAUUAUAUUUAUUUAAAGUAAAAUUUUGAGUUGAUGU